AUUUGUUCACUUUGUUAUAGUGGAGUACAUUAGUUCAAGUUCUGGAAAUCAGCUUUAUAGGAUGAACUCAGGAGUUGAAGAGUCUGUUUCAAGUGGUAAAACAGUGAACAGGCACAUUGCUAGGCUGCUAGGCAUGGAGUUAAAUAAAAAAAGCCAAUGUUACUCAGUGUUAUUGCCUUCAUCUGGUAGUGGGCACUGAGCUGUAGCCAGAUGCAAUUUUUGGGAAAACUUAGCAGGAGACAGAGGAGCUUUGAGAUGGAGUAUUGAGCAACCCAAGACAUGGAGUAUGAAAAAGAUGAAACUCACAUUGAAUAGCAGUUAAUGAGGUCAUUCAAUGGAGAUGAACACCUCCUGCAGUACACAACCCUAAUACACGAGCCCAUGCACACCUCUCACAUCCGAUGGCCCUUAGAUCUUCAUUGAAUGGUGAUAGAAAGGGCAUGAAGUACUACACCUCAUCUCUUGCCUGCAUGCACAUUUAUCUAUAAAUUAGAACAGAGCAUAGCAAAGAUCCACUAUAUGGCAAAGAUGGAGAAGAACAAGCAGCUCUCUACAAUGGCUGCAGUGCUGAUGUUGCUGCUGGUGUUUUGGCUGAUGAUCUCACCAGCACUGAGCUGCCCGUCAGAUGGCAGCGAGUGUAAGGACUGCAUCGUUAAUCAGAUAAGGAACGGUUGCCCAUCAUGCGCACCUGUUCUACGCUGCAUGGCACGAUGCUUGUGGGGUGGCACAUCGAAAUCUAAGUGUGUUAAGAGGUGUGAUUGUUAUGGGGGAAAGCCAAGGCUCUCGGAUUGCAAGAAAUGCAUGUCAAGGUGCAAAUGCAGCUGUGAGGCGUAGAUGAAUUUCCCCGCCUAGCCUGUUUUAUUUAACUGUAGCUUUGUGUGUAUGAAUUCCUAUUUGUUAAAAGAUAGAUCCUUCUGUUUUGUGUCUGAUUUAUUCUGUGUGUUUAGAUUU